GAUGCCGAGAUCGUGCUGCAGCUGCCCAGGGGCCCUGCUGCUGGCCUUGCUGCUUCAGGUCUCUGUGGAAGUGAGUGGCUGGUGCCUGGAAAGCAGCCAGUGUCAGGACCUCACCACGGAAAGUAACCUGCUGGCGUGCGUCCGGGCCUGCAAGCCCGACCUCUCGGCCGAGACGCCCGUGCUGCCCGGCAACGGCGACGAGCAGCCGCUGACCGAGAACCCCCGGAAGUACGUCAUGGGCCACUUCCGCUGGGACCGGUUUGGCCGCCGGAACGGCAGCGCGGGCCAGAAGCGCGAGGAGGAGGAGGUCGCGCUGGGCGAAGGCCGCGCGCCGCUGCCCGAGGGCGGCCCGGGGCUCCGCGGCGAUGGCGGCGAGGCCGGCCCGCGCGAGGGCAAGCGCUCCUACUCCAUGGAGCACUUCCGCUGGGGCAAGCCCGUGGGCAAGAAGCGGCGCCCGGUGAAGGUGUACCCCAACGGCGCCGAGGACGAGGCGGCCGAGGCCUUCCCGCUCGAGUUCAAGAGGGAGCUGGCCGGGGAGCGGCCUGAGCCGGCGCUCGGCCCCGAGGGCCCGGCCGACGGCGUGGCGGCCCUGGCCGAGCUGGGGUCCGGCCCGCUGACCGAGGCCGAGGCGGCCGAGAAGAAGGCCGGCGGGCCCUAUAAGAUGGAGCACUUCCGCUGGGGCAGCCCGCCCAAGGACAAGCGCUACGGCGGCUUCAUGACCUCCGAGAAGAGCCAGACCCCCCUGGUGACGCUCUUCAAAAACGCCAUCAUCAAGAACGCCCACAAGAAGGGCCAGUGA